GGAGCCGGCCCGGCGCCGCCGCAGCAGCAGCGGGAGCGGAGCGCCCCGGCCGUGCCAUGGCGUUGUGCUGACCGCCCGGCCCCGCCACCCGCCCGCCCCGCGGCCAUGGCCCCCAUGGGCAUCCGCCUCUCGCCGCUCGGCAUGGCCGUGUUCUGCCUGCUGGGGCUGGGCGUCCUCUACCACCUCUACUCCGGCUUCCUGGCCGGCCGCUUCGCCUUCUUCAUGCUGAGCGAGCCGGCGGCCGGCGGGCCCGAGACGCCGCACGGCUCUGCGCCCGGCGGCGCCGUGGACCUGCGGGAGCUGCUGGCCGUGUCCGUGCUGGCCGCCGUCAGGGGCGGCGAGGAGGUGAAGCGGGUCCGCGAGGGGAACGUCCUCAACGCCAAGGCCAAGGGCAAGACCCGGGAGGGGGCCGAGGAGCAGCUGACCACCGGCGACCUCCUCUCCAACCGCAGGAUGUUCUACCUGCUCAAGGGCGCCUUCCCCGCCGUGCAGAUAAAUUCUGAGGAGCGUGUUGAUACAGCUGAUCAGGAGACGGUCUCCUGGGAUCACAGUAUUCCUGAAGACAUAAAGCAAAAAAUACAACCUAAAGAGGUGCCAGCAGAAAGUGUCACUGUCUGGAUCGAUCCUUUAGAUGCUACACAAGAAUAUACAGAGGAUCUUCGUCAGUAUGUCACCACAAUGGUUUGUGUGGCUGUAAAUGGUAAACCAGUAAUAGGAGUGAUACACAAGCCCUUCUCAUCAUACACAGCUUGGGCAAUGGUGGAUGGUGGGUCAAAUGUAAAAGCUCGUUCCUCCUACAACGAGAAGACUCCAAGGAUUAUUGUGUCCCGCUCCCAUGCAGGAAAAGUUGAACAGGUUGCACGGCAGACAUUUGGAAAUAAAACUGUGAUAAUCCCCGCUGGUGGAGCAGGUUAUAAAGUGCUGGCCCUCCUUGACGUGCCUGAAAAGAAUCAAGAGCAAGCUGACGUAUAUAUCCAUGUCACCUACAUUAAGAAGUGGGACAUAUGUGCUGGAAAUGCAGUGUUGAGAGCAUUGGGUGGCCAUAUGACUACCCUGACUGGUGAAGAAAUUAGUUACACUGGCUCAGAUGGCAAUGAAGGAGGACUUAUAGCCAGUAUCAACAUGAACCAUAAAGCACUAAUAGAAAAACUUCCAGAUCUGGAAAAAACGUCACACAAAUAAGCAUGACUGAUGGAGAAGUACAAGUUGUGCUUUUGUAGCCUCCAGAUGCUCUGUCUGAAGAAGCAGGUGUGAAAACCUGCUGGAAAAGAUGCACAGCAAAGCAAAGCAGUUUGGUGUGGGUUUGGGGACUAUAUCUUGCAUUGGGUUUUGUCAGUGGUGGUAUUUAAAAAGAAUAAAAUAAUAAUAAUAAUCAGAAGUAGGAAGGGGACCGAUGGUCUCACACAUCAGUUUCCACGUUUUUUGUUUUUUUUUUUUUCAGACUGUUUUCAUGCAGUUCUUAUACUCGAGGUUCAUUUACCAUAUAUAUAUUGGUGAACAUAGGUGAACUAAAGAAAAAAUCCUUUUUUUUUUUUGUAAAAUAACCUAAGUAUUUCUCACGGGAAUUUCUUGAAACCUUUUACAUCUUACUGUAGUUUUAGCAAUUCCAUAAUAAAUUAGGUAGGGAAAAAAGCUUGAUUUGUAUAGGCAUCUGAUAAAUGUAAACAGUUUAUCAGGAAUCAUGACCUCAUAUUUUGUAUCCCCUGAAUGGAAAGCACAAGAAGGUUGAUUCAAAUCUACAUGCAGCAACAGUUUAUCUUUGAAAGUGUGGCACUCUGCUUUUUAAGAGAAAAAAAGAAAUGUUCUGUACUAUUUUGACUUCUUUCCUAAAGAUGUAAACCAGUUUUAGUUCAGGUGGGUUGUGAAUAUCAGUGUUUUAUUAAUCAGUGUAAUUAUUUUCUUUACCUUUUUAAAAGAAAGCAGCAUUUCCUUGUAUAGUUUUUAGUAGUUAGUUCUUGUCCUUGAUUUCUGCAAACAGUGUUGAGGAUGCAUGCUAGAUUUUCCUCUGAUGUAGGGCUUGUUCAUCAUGUGAUGUUUGUGCCUGUAGAAGCAGCCUCUUCAUUCACUACCUGUUAUUUAGUUUGCUUGGAUUUUCUUUCCAUUGGACAGAGACAUAGGGAAUGAGUUUAACAAAAAUAUUAGGUUGACUAGUUAUUUCCAUUUUCAACACAAGGUAUAAACCAGCACUUUUUCUACAACUCCAGGAAUAGCUUUAUCUUUUUAGCUUGCAGCACACUCUUCUGCAUAAAGCUCUUCAGCCAUUCCAAAUAGCUUGUGCUUAUUUGGUUUGUGGUAAUUUAUAGAGAGAGGAGAGACCAUUUGAAGUUGAAUCUGCUUAAGCAAGUUUGAAGAACAUGUGGCACUUGAAGUACUGCAGGGUCUGCAAAACCUUUCUGAAAAAUGUUCUUUGCAAUCCAAUGCAUACAGAACGCAGGUCCAUUGAUAUCAAAUGACAAUUUGUUGUACCUCUAAAAUAUGUAGACUUCUAUCUCCAAACAUGUCUGCAUUGUUGUUUUCUUCCUCCCCCUGAAAGAUUUCAGAAAUGUUAAAAUGUAUGUGUUAUUUGAAUUAUCAGAAAAUAAGCUGCCCAUCUCUCCUCAAGAAUGCUAAAAUUCUUAGUUAAUAUAGAUGAUUUCUGUUCAAAAUUUGUUCAGUCUAGGCUUAGCCUGCUUGAUCCAAACCGUUAAUUCUUUAAUUUUAACUACUUUAUAUUACUAAUGAGAACUGCUGUUCUGAUUAAAAAGAGGUUUUUCUCCUUAGGCCAGUAGUGGAGAAUGUUUAGAUACUGCUUUCAACUUCUAACUUAGUUGGAGGUUCACAUUUCCAAAAGAUCUCCCAGAUGUUGUAUAAUUACAGAUACAGACUUAUUUCUUAAACUUACUGACAAAGGAGACUGAAACUUAGUCCUACAAGCCUUUUGGUACAGGUAGGUUUUUGGAGAAUUUCUUUUCCAACACACACUAAUGCUGCUCUUUGAAAAUAACUUUUACACAUGUAGAUAAUACACAAAGCAAUUUUACUUUUAGUUCUUAAAUUUAAGAAACUGCUAUAUGCUGUGACAAUUAAGUGAUCAUGCCCUUUUUAAAAAGGAUCUGAUCUAUUUCAAGAAGUUGUUGAGCUUCCAAACUUCAGUGAAGAAUUGAAAAACCAUAUUUAUCAAGAUUUUAACAUUUUAUAAGAAGACUGCAGCUUUUUAAGGCUGAUAUAAAUGUCUUAUAGCCUAAUUUAAUAAAAAAAGCUGUUUGUAUGUUUAUUUGUUAAAGAACAUAGAUUAAAAUUUAAAUAUGAGAAAUAGCCAUAGUUAGCCUAGUAUAAAAACCUGGUUGUGUCACAGGGAUCAAAUGCACAAUAUUUAAGUAGGCAAUUAAGAUAAAAUCUGUGGCAAAUUGUGGUUUCAGAAUCAGUUUGAAAUCCUAUGUAAACAUGAAAAUAGGACUGUUUUUAUUUUGAGGAAUGCUUCUAUCACUUCUUUGUAUAAGCUGUGAUCAGGCUUCCUGUAUGGGAAAUGAAAAAUGUUACGUAAUGUACAAGGGCUUACUUGUAUCUUAGUUGACGACAUAAACCAGUGAACAAAUUAUUUUUUCUUAGGAAAACAAAGUACCUUAGGAGAGGCCCUCCUUUCCUUCCUCCCACAUGCUGGCUAAAAUGCCUAGCCUUCCGUUAGGAAGACUUGUGCUUGUUUAGACACAUUAAUAUCCUGAAUUGCUUUGUUGCAAUGAAUCCCAGUGUUCAGUACCUUUCACAGGGGACCAUUACUGGCCUAAUCUCACUCCUGGUGAAACUGAGGAAAAGGUGAGUGUGGUGCCCAGUUAAUUACCUGCAGUAGAUCCUGAGCUCAUAGACCUUUCCCACAGUUAAGGGCUAAGUAGUGCUUGUGGUCUCCCAGUGUAAUUUAAAGAGUAGCUGCUUUGGUGUGAGAAUCUGUGAGUAGCUGGUGAAUACCAGUUUCAGAGGUCAUUUUGCAAUAAAUGUAACUCUUAUGCAGACCAGCAAGUAUUCACAAGUGCUUGCUUAGUGCACACAUCCCCGUGCACUUUCUUUGUAUAGUGUUAAAACUUAGUGUGUCAUUUCUUUGACUGUGUUUACACUUCAUUCUGAAAGUUUUGCUUAAAUUCUGGCUUGGUCUCAGUGUGGAUGUGACUUAACCUUAUGCCCAGAGGGUAGGAAAUCAUACCAUACCUACAUCUCACUGCUGGGCUACAGCAGUGUUCCCUACAUCUUAGCCUUUUCCACAUGAGGCUGUCACACACCAUUUUUAGGGAUGUUACGUAAAACAAUUGCAUGUUGGAGGUGGGUUAUACAAAAGUAUAUAUUUUUUAAAAAUUUUAAUUAAAAAAAAUCAUAGUAGUAUUCUAGCUCCAAAUAAGGGAAGUAAGAGAAUGUAUUAUUUUAGCAUUGGUUUUUCCAAUGGUGGAUAUUUUGAGUGGCUAUUAUGAUUAAGGUGGUUGCAAGUGAAAUUAUUCUAAAGCUGUAUGUAUUUUCUCUUUUUCAUUCUUCUAAAGAGAGUGUAUGAUAGCAUAGAUAAUACCUGGUACUGUAUGAAGAGUUCUAGCUUUCAUUCUUUGAAUGAAUGUUUUCUAAAUAAAUGGACACAGAAAUAAAUGGGUUGAAUAUUGUAUUGAACUGCUUUUGAGGUUAACCUGUUUGCCAGACUUUUACAGAAGGAUUUAAGAGCUGUUUGCUCUGAUCUACGGAGCACAUAAUAAUGAAAAUACUUAGCAGAUAUGGCAUACUUGGAUAGUGAGUUAACCAUAUAGGCAAAGCUGCGAAAUCAACUAGUGAUACUGUUCCAAACAUUUACUUCAUGGUUGUUACAGGGGGCAGAUUUUCUAAUUGGUUUCAGGUGUGAGCAAAGUUUUGAUUUUUUUUUUUUUUAAUGGUCAAUGGCUAGAUAUCAGAAAUGGGGAGGAGAGUCAGUAUUGGGGUUCAUCUCUAUCUUUUUUGUUUUUAAAUAAGUGCAUUCCAAUGUCUUUGUAGCAUCCUGUUACCUGUUUGGGUUGUACAACAGUAUCAUAAACUCUUUAUUUAAUGUCUAAAACAGGGAGUCUGCAUCUCCCAAGAAUUGUGCCGUGGGAAGUGACCAGGUGUCAUUCUGGGCCUCUGCUGUUUUGUGCCUGCAGGACAUGGCUGCUUCACUGUCUCCUGGAUGUCACUCCAGUAGCAGUUUCUCUCACAGAAAACUGCUUUUCUAGGCUGCUGUCUCCCCAGUUAUGCCCAACCUCUUUGUAGGUCUGUUUUCUGAAGUAGAGUAGAGCAGUGGAAAGAAGCGGAUGGCUGUGCUGAAGAAGUUGCAACAGAGGACAAUUAUUUCUGUUUCUUUAUUUUAAAUUGCAUUGAUUGUUUCAUGUCUUUUGUCUUUAAGGGGUUAGAUAAUGAUACAUAUAAGAUUAAGUGGGCCACAAAUAAAUGUCUGUGGGAUUUUAAGCCCAGGUAGGAGGAGGGCAGGAAGGACUGCCUCUAACCAAGGCAAGCCUGAAUGAAUGGCUUUCAGUCAGGGCACUCAUGCUGAGCCCUUCUUCAGUGAUUUAGUGGUUUAGGCCCCUUCACACAAACAAUUAGAUUUGACUUUGCUAAAAUAUCCUUGAUAGUCUUGUCUUAAUCUGCUGUCCUUAAGGAUAAAACUGCACUAUAUCUGCUUCACUCUAAUGUAACUCACUGAGACAAAAAUGUGGUAAUUGAGGAUUGAGGGUAACUGAGGUAACAAGUUAAUUGGUUGACUUGUGAACCACAACUUUUUUAUGGCAGCUCUUGCAAUGAUGUCCUAGUACUUGCUGCAAGUGUCUUCCCACUCUAUGAGCAGGUCAUGCACCUACAAUCAAUGAAGCCUUAUAUAGUAUGGUUUCCAGGUGCCACAGCAGCUCUUUCAGCUCUUCUGUGAGAAGUGCUCAUCCAGUUUCCUUCUGAGGCUCUCUGGAGCCAGUAAUUAGUGGUCACUUGUCCCUCUUUGCUCUUCCUCUCUGUUCCUUUCUGAUCCUUGAUCCUUUCUUAGUCAAUGUGGACAAGAAAAAUGAGAGAUCAGAAGUGAAGAGAGUCCCAGAGUGAGAGAACCCCAGCAGUCAACUAUAAUUUAUGCUGAAGCUGGUAAUGUUUGGAACUAAGGUCUAAGGUAGUGACUGAUUCUACCAGAAGUGGAAUAGUUGCCAACAAAAUAAUGGGAACAUGGAGAGGAGAUGCAAUUAGGGGUUCUAAACAUACAGAAAAGAUGCAGGUGGACUAAGGAGAAGAUAAACACCCAGAAAGAAGGAGAAAAUGGUUGUUCAGUAUAAUAUUCCAAGCAUUUGGCAUUAUAGACCUUCAUUUCUUAUGAAAGAGUCUGCAUUGGCCCUCUGUGAAAGGCUUGAUUUUGUUGAACCCAUUAGCAGUUAUUCCCACUGAACUCACUGUGAGCAGCAGCAAGCCAGAUAAAAUAGGCACAGUAAAUUAAGCUAAAUUCUGAAAAGCUCAAUCUCUGUCAGUAGAGCAAACAACCUGGGUUGUGUUAAAGUUGCAUCUUAACAGCUUCAGUCUACAUUUGGAAACAUCAUCCCAGUGUCUGAGGUUCUAAGUCUUUCAGGUUUUUUUAUGGUCUACAGCUGAUAGAGUCCACUUUCAGGUAAUAUUGUUUUCUACUCCAAUUGUUCCUUAUUUGCAACUCACAUUUCAUUUUUUCUCUCCAAGGGAUUAGCAACACUCCAACAUUUUUACUGUUUUCCCACCAAAUUGUAUUAGCAUUUUCCAAUUGUGUGCCAAAUUGAAAUAACAAUUCUAUAAAUAAAUUCUCUGAAAAUACUGA